AUGGAUUGUAAAUAUUGCUCAGAGGUUUUAAAGGGAGAUGAGUGCAUUAAAUGUGUUUCAUGUAAUAGAACAUCUCACUUCCAAUGCGUGGGAUUAUCUGAGGCAGACUUCAAAAGAAUGUUACCUAUGAAUAGAGCCAAAUGGAAGUGUCCUAUUUGUAAAACCUCUAAUAAAAGUAGCAAUAGUCCGCAAGUUUUUUCCACUGACGCAAAAUCUUUAUUAUUACUCUUCGAUGAACGAUUUAACAAUCUUAACACGACGAUUGAAUCCUUUAAAACAUUUAUUACUGAAGAAUUUAGAAAAGUAACUGAGACAGUUAAACAGUGGUCUGAGAAAAUUACUAACAUGGAAUCAUCUAUUAAUUCUAUUAUUCAAAGAAUGAAUGAUUUUGACUUAGAAAUAUCUAAAAUUGCACAUUUAGAAUCAGAAUUGAAAGAGUUACAGAUGUCAUUUAAUGAAAUAAAGGAAAAUAAUAGUAAAAAGACAUGGCUUUUACCUGGCAUUUUUAAUGAGGAAUUGUUUGAUACUAGGUAUGAUGUUUAUCGCACGGACCGUGACUAUCAGCGCUUUAACUUGAGUAUGGGAGAUGGUACUCUCAUAGCGGUACGUCGUGAAAUUAAUAUAGACUUGCGUAAUAUUCCUCAAAUUCCCGAUAUUAAUGAUGCAAACAUUACUAUCCUGAAUAUAAAUCUGAGAACGGGUGCUGUGCAAAAAUCUCUCAUCGUUGUAUGCUGUUAUUUUCCUCAAAAUUGUAAUCAAUCAGAUUCCCAAUUAAAACUGUUCGAAUACGUCUCGGAUUUACGCUUAGACUUUCCUCUUUAUAAUAUUAUUGUAAUGGGUGAUUUUAAUAUAAAAGAUGCCACAUGGUCACUACAAAACAGCGACAGUGGCUUUAAAUUAGAAAAUAUAUCUGAGAACAUUCUCACUUACCAAUUAUCUACGUUUAUGAGCUUUACCGAUCUACAACAAUAUAACUGUGUGCUUAACAAUAAUAAUAGAUUAUUAGACCUUGUUCUAUCUGACUUAAAGUGCUUAGUAUCUCGAACGUUACCUUUAUCGGAGCCAGAAGAUGGGCAUCAUCCCCCACUACUUGUAGAGAAUUAUCAAAAAUUAACUGGAAAC